ACUACAGAAAAUCUUAGUAGGCUAGCUACGCAUUUAAAAGACAACAUAAGGACGGACUACUUAUAGCCACAAAUCCAGAGGCUACGCACUUAGCUAUGGACGUUUGAUUGAUAAGCGCUCUACCCUUCAUCAUUGUACCUGUUUGAUAUUGGAAAGGAGAACACGAGCGAGUCCUUUCUAUUGAUAUAUAAUCUAUUAUAAUUGGUUUACGUCUUGGAGGUUAUUUUAGACUACAGUAUAUCAUUUCCAAAGCCAGUCCUCGCAUAGGGCAAAGAUGCUACUUUCACUUAUAUUCAUUCUGUUUUUCAAUUUAAGUUGGGGUCUUCCAAUUGACACGGUCAUUCUGUUCCAGCGGUCGGGAGUGGUCGGCGAGAUGGAGACCGUCGAGCAGGUCUUGGUCAACGGAGCACCUCUCUCCAGCGGUGGGAAAUACGUCAGUGGCAUUCUCAGUGCUGUAUUGAUGGGCAACUACGAGUCUUUUCAGCAGGCGUUCGAGAUCGAAGAAAAUGUCACCAACACCAUGACAAAAAAUCCUACUUACCAGUACCUGCGUGUGCGUGAAUGCAAACUGAAUGGAUUUCGAGUGGUGCAUUCGACCGACCAGCUACUUGUCAACGGGAAUGACUUCUUGACUUUGGACCAAUCCACAGACACCUGGACAGCUGAGGUACCACAGGCCCUCUCACUCAAACAGCUUUGGGACUGGGACACUGAGUUCACGAGGAGGGAGAAGAUGCAACUCCAUGAGAGCUGUACCGAACUGAUGAAGGAGCUCAGACAUUCCGAGCCCACCACCAAUAGAGGGACGUCCCUGCUGACUGUCCUGGCUCCACUGUUUGCAUGCCUGGCCUUUGUUGUCGUGGUUAUUGCAAGCGUCCUCAUCUCUAAACAACAAGAUCCCAAUGUUUCCAGACACCCUGGAGGUGUACUUGGCUCCAUUGUCCACUACUCUCAGAAUGUCACAGAAACACAAUCAGGAAAAGACUACCAGGCCCUCUAAAACUCAACCCACCUCCGCUCAUCCACCUCUGAUGACUGCUCUGUGAAGGGAGUAGUACACAGUGUUGUACGAGAUCUUCAGUUUCUUGGCAAUUUCUCACAUUGAAUAGCCUUCCUUUCUCAGAACAAGAAUAAAGUGAUGAGUUUCAGAAGAAAGGUCUUUGUUUCUGGCCAUUUUGAGCCUGUAAUCGAACCCAAAAAUGCUGAUGCUCCAGAUACUCAACUAGUCUAAAGAAGUCCAGUUCUAUUGCGUCUUUAAUAAGCACAACAGUUUUCAGCGGUGCUAACAUAAUUUCAAAGGGGUUUUCUAAGGAUAAAUUAGCCUUUUAAAAUUAUGAACUUUGAUUAGCUAACACAACGUGACAUUGGAACACAGGAGUGAUGGUUGCUGAUAAUGGUCCUCUGCGCCUAUGUAGAUAUUUCCAGCUCCAAUAGUCAUUUACAAAAUUAACAAUGUCUACACUGCAUUUCUGAUCAAUUUGAUGUUAUUUUAAGGGACAAAAGAAAAAGCAGAUAUAUCAAAAACAAGGAUAUUUCUUAAGUGGCCCCAAACCUUUGUACCCUUUGUCUGUCCAACUCUCUGGUCCCCCUUUCUCCCUGGGCCUUCUUCCAACAGGCCCCAUUCCUAUAGACCCAGGAGGAUUGUAGCCUACCAAAUAUGUAUAUUAUGACAGGAACUGUGACAUUCCUAUUUGUAUAACUUACUGUUGUGUGUGAUUUGAACUCUUGAAGUAGUUCCUAGUUAACCACAAGAAAAUAAUAUGAAGACAGUUUUAUGCACUUUAUAAUUGUGUAUUUCCUCACGUAUCUACCGGUGCCUAUGCCUUUCACGCUUUGCUUUUCAAAACAGACAGAGUAACACGCAUGAACACGCACAGACACACACACUGUGUUCACGCUCGACAGCUCAAAACUACUGUAACUGGGCCUCCCGGGUGGCGCAGUGGUUAAGGGCGCUAUACUGCAGCGCCAGCUGUGCCACCAGAGACGCACCCAGGCCGGGAGGGUUUGGUCCGGGAGGGUUUGGCCGGUAGGGAAAUCCUUGUCUCAUAGCGCGUCUCCUCUAGCCAGGUGCACGGUGUUUCCUCCGACACAUUCCGGGUUGGAUCGCGCUGUGUUAAGAAGCAGUGCGGCUUGUUUGGGUUCUGUAUCAACCUUCAUUGAGCCCGUACGGGAGUUGACGCGAUGAGACGAGAUCGUCGCUACUAAACAAUUGGAUACCACGAAUUUGGGGAGAAAAACGGGUAAAAUUAAAAAAACACAACUACUGUAACUAGAUUUGUGUAGAGCUGUCGGUUGCAUUUAGUCAACCUUUUCCUUGUUAAAAAAAAACGAUGUGAAAAGUUUUCAAUUUGGUCCAUCUGUUUUGAAUAAAUGUUAUUUUGAUCCAGUUACACAUUCUGGGUGCAAUACGAUGUGAAAAGUUUUCAAUUUGGUCCAUCUGUUUUGAAUAAAUGUUAUUUUGAUCCAGUUACACAUUCUGGGUGCAAUACGGUUAAAAAAAUGUGUACAGUGAGGAAAUGUGUUCACUUUGUGCACUUUUGUGUAUAUAAAGCUACUGUAUUAUGAUUUGAGGGGACAUAAUUGUACAUUGAACCGGAUAUGUAUGAAUGAUUUGUAUCACUUGUUUAUCACUUUAUUAAAGCUAUUUAAAUGCAA